CCCCGCAUUCGAGGUAUUUACCCAACCUACAGUAGUCAGGUACGCGAACUCCUCUCCGGGAAUGAGACCCCGUACAAAUCUUCCCGGGUAUCUCGGGUAAGUAACCCCUGGCUACUUCACCCGGAUCUCUUCACUCUCAUCUUUGAUUACUGCAAAGAUCAUCAAUAGACAGCAGCAGAUGGUACUUUAUACGCCUUUCGAUUCGAGGAAAAUUGUACGUCCAAGUAGACGUACAACAACUUCGUCAAUGUCCGCCAUGACAGUCGCUCUGGGCUGCGUACACCUGACUCACUUGAGCAUAAUUGAUAUAGUUUGUUGAACGCAGCACUUCGGUCUGUAAUGGAUGUUACCAUUGAUCAUCCUUUCAAAUGGUUGCCAUACACUCGUACUCGGCCAUUACUCUGCUGACGGUUGCUGCAUUCGUUGGUGGAGGAGUUGCACAAUCCUCAUGCGAGCCCUCGAUACCUCCGAGACCCUCUCCCACAGCCUAUCCAUACCAUCCAGCGAAGAAUCAUGAAGUUUCACCCCCGAGAACCAAGACAUGCUACGUGCAAGCUUUUGGAAACGGCCAAGACGACAGCCAAACCAUUUUUUCUGCUCUAAAAGCCUGCAAUAACGGCGGAACCGUCGCUCUUCUAGAUGCGCAGUACACAAUCGCUCGCCCUCUCGAUUUGACUUUCUUGAACGCAGUGGACCUCGUCAUCGCUGGUGAGGUAUCUUUCACGCCAGAUAUUGCAUUCUGGACAGCAAACUCUCUCAAAUACAGUUACCAGACAUCUGCGCUGUUCUGGCAAAUUGGAGGCACGGAUGUGAAUAUCUAUGGAGGUGGCACCAUCAAUGGCAAUGGACAGGUGUAUUGGGAUGCAUUAAUCACCAACUCGUCUGUGGUGAGGCCACAUCUGAUGGGAAUCAUGGGUUUGCAGGGUGGCACCAUCAGCAAUUUGAACCUGAAAAAUCCUCCCAAUUGGUUCCAUUUUGUGGCAAAUAGCUCAGAUGUACUCUUCGAUAGCAUGAAAAUGACCGCAAUCUCAAAUGAUACGCAUCCAGCUGCGAAUUCUGAUGGCUGGGACUUGUACAGAUCCGACUCGAUUGUUGUUCAGAACUCGUACAUUUACAACGAUGAUGACUGUGUAUCCUUCAAACCCAAUAGCACGAACAUUGUUGUUCAACACCUAGUCUGUGUUGGCUCUCACGGCAUUUCAGUUGGCUCACUGGGCCAGUAUGCUGGGGAGGUUGAUAUUGCUGAGAACCUUUACAUUUACAAUAUCUCCAUGACGAACGCCACGGAUGGUGCCCGCAUUAAGAUCUUGCCUGGCGUUGCACCUGGUAGCAAUGCUACAGGCGUUGGAGGUGGAAGUGGAUAUGUUCGCAACGUGACUUACAACGGAAUGCAUGACGUGAACGAUGCUUAUGCUAUUGAACUGAACCAGUGCUAUGAAAGCAGCACGACACUCUGCGCCAAAUACCCCUCAUCGAUACUGAUCGAAGAUAUACUUUUCCAAGACUUUACUGGAACCGCAUCCACGAAAUACGCUCCCAUUGUCGGUACUUUAGUCUGCAGUAGUACAGCAGUGUGCCAAAAUAUCGUUGCAGAGAAUAUAAAUAUCACAACGCCAACUGGUGUGACUGCGGAAUGGACUUGUACGAACGUGGACAAGUCAACUUUGGCGAUCAACUGCGUCUGACGAAGCUCCGGUCGCUCUUGAAGGCAUUAGAAUAG